GAAAUGUGAGCUGAGCGGUGAGGGCACCAUUUACAGAUACCCCCAUAUAAUCUAUGACAAUAGCCUAUCAUUAGCCAGGACGGCUCCAGGCAUUCACGUUACAAUCUCAGGAACACAAUGCAUGAGAGUGCAGGAAGUACUACAAUCCCCAUAGCGACACAGCAAGGCAUCAACACAAAGUCUAACACUAUGUGUUACCAGGAAAACUUUAUUCCAGUACGUGUAACGUCCGGCUCAGCUCUGUGCACCGGACCCCGAGACAUCCCGGAUUGUGCCCCACGCUGGAGCCCACAGGCGGGGAUUCUCCUGAAGGCCGAUCAUGUCAGCCACCCAGCAAGACACGGCCGUCCACAAGGUGAAGAUCCAGCAGACGUACUUGGUGAAGGACACCACUGAAGAGAAGAUGUUGGAGCAGGGUGCAAUAUGCGCAGGAAAAGUGGUGGAACAAGUGGACUACUACGAUACAGACCUGUAUGACCUCGCCGUCAACGAAACCUGGCUCAGUAAGACAGGGAACAAGUGGCAGCUGAUCAUCGGCAAAGGCGGACAGGAGACGCCAGGUGCUGCCACCAAACAGAGCCACAAUUCUCAGAAUAAGAUCCUGAAGACCGGACGUCAGGAAACGCGGAAAGUUAAUUCAACAGACACAAAAACAGGCAACGGUCCAACCACACCGAACUCUACGAGAAAAACCCAGCCGCAAGCGCCCGGAGCCGACCUGAAUGGAAACACGGACCUCGCUGACGGAGAAAGGAGCGCCCUGACCUGUUACGCCUUGGUCGGAGAAAAAGAAAUCAUUGCCCAUCUCUCCCGUAUUUUACCCAUGGCACGCAAGACUGACAACAUGGCGAUAGGGGACGUUCUACAAGUGGCCGGGAUCCAAAGGUACGCCAGCGUCAGCAACAGCACGCAAGAGACGUAUAUACUGCGGGACAGCUACACCGUUCAGGUAAAAGUAGAUGGUACCUCCGCCAAGAAGUCCGCAGUGAUCUCUCUCCACGUGGAGAUAGAGAACGUGACGCAAGGAUUUCAGAGACUCGAACAGUUGGCAAACGAACUCGACCUCCAACUGCAAAGCGUCUAAUAUAACGAGGACGCUUCUGCAAAAAGUGAGGAUCGCGGUGACCCUUGAACUCAACAACAGACUCUCCUGAUCGCUAAUGAUUUUCCAUAGCCCCAAAAAAAAUUAUUUUACCCAAACCACAAAUUUUACAUAUUAUUGGAAGAGUGCAUCAUGUGCAAUGUUAUACAGGAGCCAAACUUGGGCCCAGCACCUAAACCAGACGCUUUUUGCCUUUAAUAUUACUGAACUUUAUAAAAACUUUCCACUAAAUAGAC